AUGAUCAUCACAUUUUUACGCCUGCUUCCCUUCGUUCUCCCUUCCGUUGUCCACGCCGCAUGUUACGAGCCCAAUGUUGCACAUCCACUUCCUCAAUAUGAUUCCGAAAAUGCCGCCACCUAUCUAGAGGCAGCAAUAAACCUCAUGGAAUCUCAGAUUUCCGCAUUACUUGCAGACCCAGAUUAUGUUUCAACAUCCUUCUCUAUCGAAAUCACCUCGUCGAAACGAACUCUCUGGCAACACCAUCACACUGCCCAUGUCCGUAACCCGUCGCGUCCCAGCAUCCCAGUGGUAAACGGAGAUGCACUCUACCGCAUUGCAAGCCUGACAAAGACUUUCACCGUCCUUGGCAUAUUGUAUCAGCAUGCAGCAGGAAAUCUCAGUUUAGAUGACCCUAUCCCUAAGUAUAUCGAGGAAUUGAGGGACGCCAAGUACAGCAAUCUUCCGUGGAAGGAUAUAACGCUGCGCAGUUUGGCUAGCCAGUUGAGCGGCAUUCCAAGGGAUUGUAUGGGCCGCGAUCAUGGUUGUUUUGAGCUGGGCCUACCGCCAAUCUCGCGGCACGAGGUGCCCAAUCUUCCCCAGUGUGAUGAGUAUGGCGACAACUAUGAGCCGCCAUGCACAGAAACUGAUCUUUUGGAUGCGUUGCGCACUAUGGAACCUACUUUCGCCCCCAACCAGAAAUCCACAUAUUCGAACAUUGCGUUUGAACUACUCGGUCUGGUGCUUGCAAGACUCUCCAAUCAAACAUACGAGUCGUACAUUGAGAGCGCUAUAUUCCGACCCUUCGACAUGAUGAACAGCACCUUUUCCACACCCCCUGACGAAGCAGGUGUGAUACCUCUCGACCCGCACUACUGGGAUGUCGAUGCUGGCGUCCAGAACCCGACGGGAGGAAUUUACAGCUCGUCCGUGGACCUGUCGAAGUAUCUUCGUUACAUACUCACCCACUAUAACGGAAUUACAUCAGCGCUCAAUUGGGCGCAUCCGGCUUCCCCUGCCGACGGGAUGAACUCUUUCUACGGCAUACCUUGGGAAAUAUUCCGCACUGACAGGAUCCUCGAGGGCUCACGGAGAGCCGUGCGGUUUAUAACCAAGGGGGGUGCCCUCCCCGGAUACUUCUCGACCAUAAUGACUGUACCUGAGUACGAUCUAGGAAUCACCAUUCUUGUCGCUGGACAGUCGAAAUUGGUGUUCAAACUACGGGAUCUUGUCACAACUACUGUAGUCCGAGCUGCAGAAGCCAUCGCUAUCAGACAACUACAAGAUCGCUACGUCGGGAGAUAUACUCCAUCUGACUCGAGCCUGAAUACUUCAUUUGCGCUUGUUGCGGACGCCAGGGGACUCGUCGUGACGGAGUUCAUGUCGAAUUCGACCGACGUGCUCAAAGUGACGCUACCUCGCCUCAUCCAAGGCGAAGAUAAAGACGUGCCUUGGUACGCCCAACUUGUUCCGACACUACUGUAUCGCGAUGAAGCAGCACAAGCUGGAGAGAAAUGGAGGAUAGUGGCGACCCAGGAACGCGUCGAAGGCAAUGGAAAUGUCUGGGAUGAUUUCUGCUCCACGGACUAUGGCGUGGCGAACUAUGCUGGAAAGCCACUCAACGAGGUCAUCCUUUGGUCGGGGGACAGUGGUGUUGUGGAGCGGAUUGAUCUUCCAGCUUUUAAGGCGAAGCUUGUGCGGGAGAAAGACGGUGGAGGGGCAGAAAGCAUACUGGAACAGGAUGAAUCCAUGGAACUAUAA